GGCCAGCCGCAGGAGAGGUGGAGAGGAGAGGAGAGGAGAGGAGAGGGGCGAAAAAGGAGAAAGAAAUCUCCAGAGGACGGGAAGAAAUGAGGGAUUAAACGAGAAGAAAGAGGGGAAGAGAGAAGAGAAACUGAACUACCUAUUGUCCUAUCAGCAAACACUUUCCAGCCUUUCAUCUCCGGAGAGCGGAAGAGCAGGAGAGAACGAGGGAGAGAGAAAGUGCAGAGAGAGAGAGAGAGAGAGAGAAAGAGAGAGAUGCCUGGGAAGUGAUGAAGAAAAUGAGGAGAGUCCUGAAGAUGCCCCCCUGCACCCACCUGUCCUGCGCCCUGAUGCUGCUGCUCCUUUUGGGAAGGGGCGGGCUGAGCGUCUGCCCCCCCAUGUGCUCGUGCGCGCGCGGCCACAGGACGGUGGACUGCUCCGGGCGCGGCCUCUCCCUGCUGCCGGACGGCCUGCAGCACAACAUCCGCGCCCUCAACCUGUCGCGCAACCGGCUGCACGACCUGGACGGCAAGCUGGCCCACUUCACCCACCUGCGCGCCCUCGACCUGUCCCACAACCGCCUGUCCCGCCUGCCCGCGGGGCUGCCCCGCGCCCUGUGGGACGUCCACGCGGCGGGGAACCGCCUGCGCCAGCUGGAGAAGAACGACACGGCCUACCACUGGAACCUGCGCGCCCUCGACCUCUCGGCCAAUCAGCUGGAGCGCGUGGUGUUCAUCAACAACACGCUGACGGGCCUGCUGUCGCUCAACCUCAGCCACAACAAGUUCUGGACCGUCCCCACCAACAUGCCCGCCAACCUGGAGACGGUGGACCUGUCCCACAACUACCUGGUGCAGAUCCUGCCGGGGUCGCUGGACCGGAUGGGGCGGCUGGCCCAGCUCUACCUGCACGGGAACCGGUUCGCGGCGGCGGACGGGCAGGCGUUCGCCAAGCUGCACGGGCUCCGCCUCCUCACUCUCUACGACAACCCGUGGGCGUGCGAGGACGCCGAGGGCCUGCGGGGCCUGCUGGACUGGAUGCGGCUGACCUCCGCUCGGAUUUUGGGGUGCCCGUGCCACACCCAUCCCGUCUGCGGGGAGGCCCACCUGACCUCCACGGGGUCGUGGCACUACACCCUGCACCCCGCGGGGGCCGACACCCGCCGCGCCCGCCCCAGCCGGCCCCCCAUGCAGGCCGUCACCUCGGGGUUCCUGUCGAAAUCUGCCCUCGUGAUCCCGGACCCCACCCGUCCCCCGCCGGGCCCCGAUGGGAACCCCGCCCCGUCCCGCAGCCACCACCCGUCUUUGACUUCCACCCCGCCCACCUUGUCCACGCGCAUGAGCACGACCCCCCGCCCACGGAGAGCUGGCAAGGCGGGGGGAGUCGGGGGCGAGGCUGGCGAGGGCGGGGCGGGGCUAGGAGUCGCCCGCAGCAGGAGUGAUGGACUCAAAGCCCCUCCUCCGUCCAUCAUCGCCCUGACCGUUUUUUUUAACAGUCAUAUCCCUCAAAAAGUUCUAAACCCCCUUUUCCACCCUCUCCGUCCUGAACCAUGAACUCCCCCGCCCCCCCCCAAAACUCUACGGAACUUUCCAGCCCUCUUUGAAAAACGAGCGACCCAUAACUUUAGUGGGUCCACAGUUCGCAUUUUUAAAAAUUAUUAUCAUUAUGGUAAUCUCUGACUGUUACUGCCUAUAUUAAAACCGGAUGUUUAUGUUCUUCUUCUGAAUGCUUAUCAACAUGUCAACUGCCGAAUGCAGAUUUGGUUGAGAGUAAUGUAUGACUACAUAAUGUGUGCAUACCCUCAUCAAUAUAAAUUAUCUAUCUACAGUGUCUAAUGCUUCAAGGAACACAGCUAUUUAACAGUAUUACUGGCAUCCAAAUGUUCCAACCUCUGUAUUAUGCUUGUCCACAGAAGUAUAAUGCUGUAUUUUAUAAAUAUAAAAAAACAAGAAAAUAA